GCGCAGCCCAGCCCACUUGUGCGCGAGAUUUAAAAGUUGGCGGCUCGCCGGGCGCUCAGUUCUGUGUCCGGGCCCCGAGGCACAGCCAGGGCACCAGGUGGAGCACCAGCUACGCGUGGCGCAGCGCAGCGUCCCUAGCACCGAGCCUCCCGCAGCCGCCGAGAUGCUGCGAACAGAGAGCUGCCGCCCCAGGUCGCCCGCCGGACAGGUGGCCGCGGCGUCCCCGCUCCUGCUGCUGCUGCUGCUGCUCGCCUGGUGCGCGGGCGCCUGCCGAGGUGCUCCAAUAUUACCUCAAGGAUUACAGCCUGAACAACAGCUACAGUUGUGGAAUGAGAUAGAUGAUACUUGUUCGUCUUUUCUGUCCAUUGAUUCUCAGCCUCAGGCAUCCAAUGCACUGGAGGAGUUUUGCUUUAUGAUUAUGGGAAUGCUACCAAAGCCUCAGGAACAAGAUGAAAAAGAUAAUACUAAAAGGUUCUUAUUUCAUUAUUCGAAGACACAGAAGUUGGGCAAGUCAAAUGUUGUGUCGUCAGUUGUGCAUCCGUUGCUGCAGCUCGUUCCUCACCUGCAUGAGAGAAGAAUGAAGAGAUUCAGAGUGGACGAAGAAUUCCAAAGUCCCUUUGCAAGUCAAAGUCGAGGAUAUUUUUUAUUCAGGCCACGGAAUGGAAGAAGGUCAGCAGGGUUCAUUUAAAAUGGAUGCCAGCUAAUUUUCCACAGAGCAAUGCUAUGGAAUACAAAAUGUACUGACAUUUUGUUUUCUUCUGAAAAAAAUCCUUGCUAAAUGUACUCUGUUGAAAAUCCCUGUGUUGUCAAUGUUCUCAGUUGUAACAAUGUUGUAAAUGUUCAAUUUGUUGAAAAUUAAAAAAUCUAAAAAUA